AUGAAAGGGUUAUCGGGCAGCCGCAGCCAUCACCACGGAGUCACCUGUGAUUCGGCCUGUGACUCACUGUCGCACCACGCGGACCGCAAGCCAUACCUGCUGAGCCCGGUGGAACACCACCCGGCCGACCACCCCUACUACACUCAGCGUACCUCCUUCCAGGCCGAGUGCGUGGGCCCUUUCAGCGACCCGCUGGCCAGCAGCACCUUCCCGCGCCGGCACUACACCUCACAGCAGGAGCUGAAGGAGGAGUGCGCCCUGGUGCCUCGCACCCUGGCCACCAAGGCCAACCGCAUCCCCGCCAACCUCCUGGACCAGUUUGAAAGGCAGCUGCCUCUCAACCGGGAUGGCUACCACACGUUGCAGUACAAGCGCACGGCCGUGGAACACCGCAGCGACAGCCCCGGCCGCAUCCGCCACCUGGUCCACUCGGUCCAGAAGCUCUUCACCAAAUCGCACUCCCUGGAGGGGCCAUCCAAGGGCAGCGUCAACGGGGGCAAGGCCAGCCCCGACGAGACGCAGACCGUGAGGUACGGCAAGCGCAGCAAGAGCAAGGAGCGCCGCCCCGAGCCCAAGCCGCGCGCCAGCGCAUCCCCGGGCUGGUGCAGCUCCGACGACAACCUCGACGGCGACAUGUGCAUCUACCACGCCCCCUCUGGCGUGAUGACCAUGGGCAGGUGCCCUGACCGCUCGGCCUCACAGUACUUCAUGGAGGCCUACAACACCAUCAGCGAGCAGGCGAUGAAGGCCUCCCGGAGUAACAACGAUGUCAAGUGCUCCACCUGUGCCAACCUGCCCGUCACCCUAGACGCACCGCUGCUGAAGAAGAGCGCCUGGUCCUCUACGCUGACCGUGAGUCGAGCCCGAGAGGUUUACCAGAAAGCCUCGGUUAACAUGGACCAGGCGAUGGUGAAGUCAGAGUCGUGUCAACAAGAACGUUCCUGCCAAUACCUUCAGGUCCCUCAGGAUGAAUGGACAGGGUACACCCCUCGAGGUAAAGAUGAUGAAAUUCCCUGCCGAAGAAUGCGGAGCGGCAGCUACAUCAAGGCCAUGGGAGAUGAAGACAGCGGUGACUCGGACACCAGCCCCAAGCCUUCUCCCAAAGUUGCUGCACGAAGGGAAAGCUAUCUCAAGGCUACUCAGCCAUCCCUUACAGAACUCACCACACUCAAGAUUUCCAAUGAGCACUCCCCCAAACUCCAGAUCCGGAGUCACAGUUACCUGAGGGCAGUCAGUGAGGUCUCCAUCAACCGAAGCCUAGACAGCCUUGACCCUGCGGGCCUGCUCACGUCGCCAAAGUUCCGCUCCAGGAAUGAGAGCUACAUGCGAGCCAUGAGCACCAUCAGUCAGGUGAGCGAGAUGGAGGUGAACGGGCAGUUCGAGUCGGUAUGCGAGUCGGUGUUCAGCGAGCUGGAGUCGCAGGCAGUGGAGGCCCUGGACCUGCCCAUGCCCGGCUGCUUCCGCAUGCGGAGCCACAGCUACGUGCGCGCCAUCGAGAAGGGCUGCUCGCAGGACGACGAGUGCGUGUCGCUGAGGUCCUCCUCCCCGCCGCGCACCACCACCACCGUGAGGACCAUCCAGAGCAGCACAGGUGUCAUAAAACUGAGUUCUGCAGUUGAAGUGUCAUCUUGCAUUACAACAUAUAAGAAGACACCACCUCCCGUCCCACCCAGAACUACCACGAAACCUUUCAUUUCUAUCACAGCCCAGAGUAGCACAGAGUCGGCCCAGGACGCCUACAUGGACGGACAGGGCCAGCGAGGGGAUAUUAUCAGCCAGUCUGGACUGAGCAACUCCACGGAGAGCCUGGACAGUAUGAAGGCUCUGACGGCCGCCAUCGAAGCCGCCAACGCCCAGAUCCACGGCCCAGCGAGUCAACACAUGGGCAACAACGCUGCCCCUGUCACCACCGCCACCACCAUGGCCACCGUCCCUGCAGAGGACAGGAAGAAGGACCACUUCAAGAAAAAUCGAUGCCUGUCCAUCGGGAUACAGGUGGAUGAUGCUGAAGAAUCUGACAAAACAGGGGAAAAUAAAGCACCCAGUAAGUUCCAGUCCAUAGGAGUGCAAGUAGAAGAAGAGAAAUGCUUCCGCAGGUUCACUCGAUCCAACAGUGUGACGACGGCCGUGCAGGCCGACCUGGACUUCCACGAUAACCUGGAAAACUCUCUGGAGUCUAUAGAGGACAAUUCGUGCCCCGGCCCGGUGGCCAGACAAUUCUCCCGGGACGCCAGCACCUCCACGGUCAGCAUCCAGGGCUCAGGAAACCACUACCACGCCUGCGCGGCGGACGAGGACUUCGAUGCGGAUUUCGACCCUUCCAUUCUGCCGCCCCCGGACCCGUGGAUUGACUCGAUCACCGAAGACCCCCUGGAGGCCGUGCAGAGGUCAGUGUGCCACCGGGACGGCCACUGGUUUCUGAAGCUUCUCCAGGCGGAGCGGGACCGCAUGGAAGGCUGGUGCCAGCAGAUGGAGAGAGAAGAGCGCGAGAACAACCUGCCCGAGGACAUUCUAGGGAAAAUCCGAACCGCAGUGGGCAGUGCCCAACUUCUUAUGGCGCAGAAAUUCUACCAGUUCAGAGAACUGUGUGAAGAAAACCUGAAUCCCAAUGCUCAUCCGAGGCCCACCUCCCAGGAUUUGGCGGGGUUCUGGGACAUGCUGCAGUUGUCCAUAGAAAAUAUUAGUAUGAAAUUUGAUGAACUUCAUCAGUUAAAGGCCAAUAAUUGGAAACAGAUGGAUCCUCUUGACAAGAAGGAGCGAAGGGCCCCUCCUCCAGUGCCCAAGAAGCCGGCGAAGGGCCCCGCGCCGCUGAUCCGGGAGCGCUCGCUGGAGAGCUCGCAGCGCCAGGAGGCCCGCAAGCGCCUGAUGGCCGCCAAGCGCGCCGCGUCCGUCCGCCAGAACUCGGCCACCGAGAGCGCCGAGAGCAUCGAGAUCUACAUCCCCGAGGCGCAGACCCGGCUCUGA